CGCCAACAUCUUGAUCACUCUUGCCAUCUAGGCUAUAUCGACCAUCUUUUUGCCAGUGUGUUGGAAGGUGAUGGGCUGCCUUUGAACAAGGCCCCACGCUAAGCACAAAACCGGCUGCGUACCUCUCGCCUGAGCCUAGAUUCAGUGUGACGAUAUCGUACGUCGACCAUGUCGGUGACUUACCAAAACGACGCCUUUGAACCCUGGCCGGAGACGCUGAAGAAAGAGUCUCCCAGCGUCUCUUCGGAUAAGCAAGAAGAUCAGAAACAUUCGGAAGCGGAGACAUCGCAAGAAGAACCACGCAAAAGAAGAUGGCGCCUCUUUAAACAGACCCUACUGGUGUUAAAUAUGAGUAUGGCGAUGUGGGGUAUCGGCAGCAUCAACAUCUUCUCUUCAGUCAUCGCUCAUGAUCAAGAAACGCACAACACGACUAUAUACGGAAACCUGAUUACUUUCUCCGACUACGAGUUCGAUGAGCUGAAUAGCCUGAAGACUUUAGCAACAUUAGCCAGUUCGUGUUUGACGGGUGUCAUGAUGAACCACUUCGGGCGUCGUUCGUGUAUGGCUAUAUCCGGGAUGUUGGCAAUAGCGGGCUGGAUCGGAAUUGCCUUUGUAUCUAACGUUAAUGGAAUGCUCGGUUUCAGGAUUAUAUCCGGGUUGGCCGUUAGUGGACUCCGCAUGUCGACCGCCGCGUACGUGGUCGAAAUUGUUGAUCGUGAAAUCAGGGGCACCAUGGCUAGCAUCGUCGGCAGUGGCGUCUUUGCAGGUCAUGUGGUGACACUGGGCCUUAGCUUCGCCUUCAGGUACUACACGGUUUGUCUUUUACUUACGAUUUUCCAGGCCAUAUCUCUUGUAUCCAUCUUCUGGUUUCCCACGAGCCCAAGUGUUUUAGUACUCCAAGGUCGAGAGGAACAAGCUCGGGAAGCAUUGGUCAGACUUCGGGGGACACACGCAGACAUCGACGCUGAAAUCCAAGUCUACAAAGAUGCGAAUCAAGUAACCAAAGGAAAUCGCUCGGCCUGGAAGAGCCUGUUUGCCCGUGAGGUGAUCGCGGACCUGGCUCGAGUCUGCACUUUAUGUAUCUUUACACAUUUUACAGGAUUUUACCUCAUAUUGUCCAAUGUUUUGAGGGUAUUUAAGGAGUCGAGAUCAAGCCUUGACAACCACAUAGCCUCUAACAUAGUUGCAUUUAUCCAGUUUGUGUCGGUUUUAUUUGCAAGCAUGCUAGUAGAUAAACUAGGCAGAAGAAACAGCCUGAUGAUGUCCUUCGGCAUCACGAGUGUUCCCUUGGCAGUAAUGGCUGCUUACUCAGCCAGUUUAAGCGACAGUACGCAAGAGACUAACUACGCUUGGAUCCCCGUUGUUUGCAUGGUGAUUGCCGAGGCAACAGUGGUUCUAGGAGCUGUUCCGGUUACUCAUAUCCUCUGCAGUGAAUAUUUCCCCACUUUUCUUCGCCCUCAGGCUUUAAGCAUUUGCGGCUUAACCUUCAACCUCGCUGGAUUCUUGCUUCUCCAGUUUUACACCCAAAUGAUCGAAGGGAUGACUGCGACUGGCGUCUUUGCAAUGUACUCUUGUUCUUGCGUCGUUGCCGUAAUUUUCACGUUCUUCGCCAUCAAAGAAACCAGGGGAGAAUAUAUCGGUUGAUGCCUCUUUAGGAAGAAAAGACAGGACCACAUCUCACAGUUGCGCCUUGUUAUGAGAAAUGACAACUUUUUCCCCAGACUCUUCACGAGCUAUCUGUUGUCCCUGCUCGCGAUAUUAGGCCUACCAGUUUGCAAUCUGUAUUUUUCAUUCAAAUUCUCUCCCUCGCGCCCUAUCAUUGCUAAUACUUGUUUUCCAUCUGAAUACAUUUAGGUUUAUCAUAUGAGCUGUAUUAAUAUAUUAGUUGAAUAAUGAUUCUAUCGAGUUAUUGGGGCUCAUGUGCGUUUGAUCCAUCUUUUCUCUUCACAGAUCUUUCACGUCAUCAUUUCCUCACCAACACUAAUGCUCUCUCCGACUCUCACUUCCGUCCUGUGCAUUUUCUUUUCGUUCAU